UAUGUGGCGCGCUUCGCGCCGGUCGCGCAGUCAGUCAGUGACAGUCAGUCUCGUCUGGUCUGCCGGACGGUUCGUAUUUGUCGCGUUUCGUAUGCGCAUGUCUCUCGUCGCUUCUCAUUCACCCCACGUCGAUCCUCGCGCGAAGAAUUCACCCGUCUCUCUCUCUCCCUCUCUCUCUCUCUCUCUCUCUCUCACAGGCGCCUACGAGAUCCCACGCGUGGCAACAAUCCUCGCUCUGCUCCGACACGAUCGUCUCUCGCUCCGGACGUGCUAUGACAGAGAGAGACGCGACGCGUCGCCCUGCGUCGUCGUCGUCGGCCGGCGGCGUCUCGUCUGCUGCUGCUGCUGCUGCCGCGCAAAUCGCGUAAAGCGGGCAAGUCCGUCGUCGGUCGUCGCGUAGUGAGAAUCGCUAUAUACGCGGCGUCGCUGGGGAGGACGUCGAUGAGGGAGGUGUGUCGACGACGGCGCGCUCGAAACGUCGACGAGCGUCGCGGCGGAUAAUAAUCGAGUAAACGCGACAAGGUGACGAAGGUAAGGAGGCAGCUUCGGUUUGACAGCUGACGGUCGAGCGACGUGAAGGGAGAGUAAGAGAGAAAUAAAGAGAGAUAGAGAGAGGAGCGGAUCGUCGCCGUCGUCCGUCGUGUGCGUGUGGUGGCGUGCAUGUGUGCGGGUACGGGCGGCGGACCACCCGGUGUUGAGGAGGACCACGGUGCGUUGACGACGACGACAACGACGACGACGACGCCGACGACGACGAGGAGGAGGACGGGGGGCGACGGACGACGCGCGGCGACACGAUGACGGCGAUCCUGAUGUCCGUCGCGGAGCUGUCCAACAUAUUCUCGGUGCUCGCCGUGCUGAUAUGCUUCUGCGGGGUCCUGCUCUUCAUCAUGAGGAACAUGAUGGUGCUGCGCGUCCACGGCGACGACCUGAUGUUCGGCGGCGGCGGCGGCGUGAUAACGCAUUCGCCGCGCAUACCGCAAAUGGAGAUGAUGAAGGUCCACAUUCCCUUCACCUUCAAGCUCCACGAGAGCUUCAAGAGCACGUACGCCGAGGUGGAGUGCGAGGUGUCCAGCCAAGUGGAAUACUCGCUGCAGGCGAUCUGGGGUGUCAGCAUAAGGGAGCUACACCUGGCGCUCUGGAAGCCCUGGAGCACGUUACGGGACGCGUCCCUGAGCGGGACCCUUUUGCAGGGACACGCGCAAUACCUCACGCCGCCGCAAACUAGACAGCCGCACGGUGAGGAAACGUUGAGAUUGUCGCUGCCGGCCCCGGAACUGGAGCUCGGCACCCCGCCACGGCUCUGCUAUCCUCUGGUGAUAUUUCUCACUCGAAGAGAUAAUCGAGAUCCUCAUCCCGACGAAACCGUGGCCCUGGUGAACGUCGUUCAUAUUAAAGACAGCGUGUGCACGUUGCCGACUUCGAUUCUAGCGCAAUACCUGAAGCAGGCGAACGGCCAACUGUCUUGCUUAAAGCAACUGUACCUGGCCACGGGCAACUCGAGCAAUUACGACGAGAGCGACGCGAUGUCGCCGGCGGGUCUGGGCUCGCCGGCCCUGGCGCUCGCCGAGCCGUGCAACAACAACGACACCACCGGCAGCGGCGCCGGCACCCGCGGCGCCCUGGUCGCGUCCGGCGGCCAGGCCGGCGAUCAGGAGGGCGGCUCACUCUGGAACACCGCCGGCGAGCAGCUCUGCGUCGUCUGCCAGUACUUCCCGCUGUCGCGCGCCCUGCUGCCGUGCCGGCACACCUGCAUCUGCGCCUCCUGCUUCGGCAAGCUCGACCGGUGCCCGAUGUGCCGCAGCCCGAUCAAGAGCUACUUCUGCAUACGCAGCGAGGAGUACAUGCCGCCGGAGAAGGAGAUCAACCCGUGCAAGCAGCGCCAAUCGAGCGGCCACGGGCCGACCCAUUGGCUCCACGACUGGAACGACCGGCUCACCGAUUUCCUCGGCUUCGCCCGAUAGAAUUGUCACUCUGUGUCAGAGUUUUUAGAUCGCACGUCCUGCACACGCGAACGUUAGGAUGGUCGGCGGAGACUUUUUUGUUCGGCACACUUGGACAGUUUCUGCAGGGUUAUUUCUAUGUAAAUCCGAGAUGACAGCUGUUUAUUUAUGGCAGAGUGUAGAUGCUUGAAAUUAUUACGUUUUUUGGAAAAAAAAAACGGAAUUGUGUUUAGAAUCA